UCCAAAACCUCUGAAAAGUGAAAACCCUCUUCUUCUCAGCUCCCACACUGUUCCUCACUGUAAACAACACAGCGAUGCUUGCUCGAUUAAUCCACAAAUCUUCGCAAUUUCAUCGAUGUCUCUCUCUAAUUUCCUCGAGCUCGAAUUUCGUAGCUCCAACUGCCCUAAUUCCAAAACCUAACCGUUUUCUAACGCCGAAAGCUCCUCAUUUUUCGUUCUUUUCUACACGAGGGAGCAGUGGGGGCGAUGAUUCCACCACAUCGACUACUGAUUUGUGGAAAAUGUCAUCGGAAGCUGACGAAGAUGUGGACUCCGUGUUCUCGAUGGAUCCCGGCAAUCUACCGGGACUCGACGAUCGGAACGGCGGCGUUAUGAGGAGUGGUAAUGUGCAUGGUGGCGGCGAUUGGGAAGGCUCGGAUGCUGGCGGGAGUGAUAUUUUUUCGGAGGCCCGGGAGUUUGGUGGAGGGGAUGAGGAGGGGCCAGCUGAAGAUUAUACACCGUGGAGUUUUUCGGAGGAAGGGAAAGGGGAACCGGGUGAUGAUUUGUUCGGCGGAGUUGAAGCUGAGGGAGAAGAAAUGGGGUUCGGUAGUUUAGAAGAUGGAGUAGGGUUGGGGGCUGAAAAGAGCGAGGAGGAGAAACAACUCGAAGCAGAGGCGAAAGCUUUGACUGCUGCUCUCAAAGGUUCUGAUCGUGCAUUUGGUGACCUUAUAGCUGCAUCUGGAAUAACAGAUGAGAUGCUGGAUAGUUUAAUUGCACUGAAGGACUUCGAAGGCAUUCAAGGACUACCGUCUCUAUCUGAAAUAGAGGAGAUGCGUUAUGAGAAGAAUACUAAGAAGUCUGGGAGAGCAGAAAUAGAGCGCCAGAAACAAGAAGAAGCUGCCAAGGCUCGUGUCAGAAAAGUAGAUGAGAAGGGAAGGUCUUAUGGAACAGGAAGACGGAAAUGCAGCAUAGCACGUGUUUGGCUUCAGCCUGGUGAUGGGAAAUUUUUGGUGAAUGACAAAGAGUUUGAUGUAUACUUCCCUAUGCUUGAUCACCGUGCUGCUCUUCUCCGGCCUUUCUCUGAAACGAAAACAUUGGGCAUGUGGGAUAUCAAUUGUACUGUUCAAGGAGGUGGCACUACAGGUCAAGUUGGAGCAGUCCGAUUGGGGAUCAGUAGAGCAUUACAAAACUGGGAGCCAGGACUACGCCCUCCUCUAAAACAAGCUGGUUUUCUGACGAGAGACUCAAGAGUUGUGGAAAGGAAGAAACCUGGUAAAGCGAAAGCUAGGAAAAGCUUCCAAUGGGUCAAACGUUAACCAUUUUGUAAUCUUCAUCUAUGGCACCAGUUAUACCGCAACAGUUCUAGCUUUUUUAUCCAUAUAAUACAAAGCUAGUCAGGUUAGCCUCCUCUGUAAUACAGUCUUUAGUCUCAACAUUUGCUCCAGCGCUUGGCGAUGUUUCAUUGUUCA